AGCUGCUCCAGCGCUUUCUCUUUCACAUGGGAAACAACUGUGCAAAAUUGGAACACACUUUCUCUCGUAUAAAUUUGCAGAUUGGUCCUUGGAGCCGGCAUUUAAUGCGAAUAUUUAAAUAAAUUGGUCUGAAGGAAACUAAACAAAUUACUGAUAACCGUUUCGCAGCUGCAGAUUGAUGACACCAUCAACGUUGACCUGGGCAAUGUGUCGAAAUCUGUCAAAGACAAUCGUUAGAAGAAAGAACACACUUCCCAUUAUUCGUCGUGGUCAAAUUAAAAAUGCUCCAGCUCCGUUGUCGAAUCAAUUUGAUGUUGAAAUAAGUAUUCCGAGUGACCUUAUGGGGCGAGAUCUGGUUACAUUUGACAAUUACAGAACACAAGACAUUUAUUCUCUUUUAUGGAUUGCAGUGGAUUUGAAACAAGCAGAAUCGCUUGUUAAAAAGUGUGAAGGAAAAUCUAUUUGUGUUAUUUCGGAUAACCCGAUUCGAAAAAUCUCGCUGAGUUCUGCUAUUACAAAACUUGGUGCCGCAACAACGUUCAUUAAUCCUGCAGAAAUCAGUCAUGAGACAAUGGAAAUGGACCUUGAAAUCCUUGGAAAAACCGUGGGUUCUUCCUGUGAUGUCGUCGUAUUUGAUAGCAAGAACUUUGAUCAUACUAACCUAGAAAAAUUUGCUACUGGAUGUACAGUUCCCGUUAUUUGCACAGAAUCUUCACUUUUAUGCCCAAUUUACUGCCUUGGCGAGCUGCUGACCCUGUUUGAACAUUAUGAUUAUCUUCGAAGACUUGUCAUCUCAUUUCUUGGAGAUUCGUCGGACCAAUUGCUAAAUACUUAUGCACUUCUCUAUCCGAAAGUUGGGAUGCAUCUUCACUAUUUUGUAGAAGGGAAUAUGGAUUUUAACAUUUGGAAUAAAGGGAUUGAACUCGCAGCCCAGUAUAACACUGAAUUCAAGCAGUUUGACAAUUUUUUCGACUUAGUUUACAGGAGCCAUACCUUGUCCUUAUCUCGCAAUAGCUUGAAUAUGCACGAAGUUACGAUUAAAGACACUAAAGAAAUGAACCUAAAUUGGACUUUCCUUCAUAAAGAUUUGUACAAGCAGAACAAUUUACUUCCCAAGGAUCUCCUUCGAUCGAACCAAUUUCUAGUCUGGAAAAAUAUUCAAAAUAUGCAAUGGAUAUUUAUGGCCACAAUUAUUGCAAUAACGCAGAAAUAUUCGCCUGCCAUUUCAAGACCAAACUUUGAAGGCAGUCUAUAGUACAAACUGGAGACCUACAAUGUUUUACUUUUUAUCAGUUAUAUAGGCGAAAAAUAAAAUGAUAAUACACA